AGUUAAGCUGACUGGUGGCUGGCUGGUUGGCAUGUAGACUGGCAGACAGCACAGGCUGGUAAAGUGGCAGCGUACUCAAACAGCAAGCAACUAAAAAAAAAAGAAACACACAAGCAAGCAAACAAACAACAACUACUAGCCAACAAUGUUGAGGAUGGAUGAAUGACUGGCUGGCUGACUGGCUAGAUGGAUGGAAUACAGCGAACUCGAUAACAUUUUGAGGCAGUCUUUGGCUACACUUCGUAUUGAGCGUAUCGCGGGUAUGUUGUUUUGCGUAUCGUUUGUACCGCGUUAUUGUUACUCGUCGUCGGGCCACCACCACCACUACCACCACCAUCAUCAUCAUCAACAACAACUACAACAAUAUCGUCGUCAUUCAGCAUGAUAAUACAACAACAAUAACAUUUAAAGCAACAAAAACAACAUUAAAAAUUACAAAUACAUUUAUAAAAAAUAAAAUAAAAAAAGUCAAACACACACACACAGUCUCACUCAUGACAAGAAAGAAAAAAAUCAUAAAAGAGCGAGCGUUUUUCAUAGUGCUGCAUUGAAAUCCACACAAAAAGAAACUUAAAACAUUUUGUUGUAAAGAAAAUUUAAAACAAUUCUAACGUUGUCAAACUUAAAAUAUCGGUUCAAUAUAUAUUUAACAAAGCGGACGAAACACACUUAAUGCGAAAACGGAAAAUUUUCUUAACUUUCUUUUAAUAGUUGGUUUUAUAAUUAUUAUUAUUGUUAUGCGUGUGUUAUAAAUUCUAUCAAAAUGUUUUCUAUACAUAAAACAAUAAAAACUUUGCAAGAAAGUCCGUGUAAAGGAAACUGUAGUAAUUAUGGGUCAAAUAUAAAGGGCCUUUAAUUAAAGGCCUAUGUACUAUAGAACAUAGUAAAAGAGAAAAAGAGAGACUAGAGAACCCAUAAAAGCAAAAAAAAAAAUUGGGUAUUAAAAUUCUUUUAUUAUUAUUUGGUUUUUGCGUGGGAGUACGAAAGUUAAAAAAGGAAAAGGAACUACAGCAAAAAUUUGUGUUUUAUAACAAAAAAACCAAUUUCCACCAAAUGUCUUCCGGAAUAAAUAGUCGUGAAAUUUUCGUGUUUUUGGAUAUUUUGAUUUGGAAUCAAACAAAGCGGAGAAAUCGACAAAACAAUGAUAAUAACAAUAACAACAGCAACAAUAAUAAUAGCAACAGCAGCAGCAGCAGUAGUAGUACUAGUAAUAUAAGCAGAAGCAGUAAUAGCAACAGCAACAAUAACAAUUAUAAUACAAACUCUAAUAUAACAAAAGUGAUUAAAAGUGCUGGCGAUAAUAGCAGCAAAAAACUAAAUUUAGUGGGUCAACAGCAACAACAGCAACGUCUGUGACAGCAACAACAACAGCAUCAUCAACAACAACAAUUAAAGCAGCAGCAGGAAAAAACAACAGUGAAAGUGAUAAAGUGCAAAAAUACAAAUACAACUAACAACAAUAAAACUAUUACAAAAUUAAAUAGUAACAACAACAACAGCAACAACAAUAAUAAUACAACAAUUAUAAAUAAUAAAAAAAUCAUACAUAAUAACAAUAACAACAACAAAAGCAAUAUAUUAACAGCUACAGCAACUCAAACAACAGCCAACAACAAUUUAAUGAAAAAUCAAAUUGAAAUUUUACACAAAUUUAGCUGAAACUUUCUAAGUACACAUACUUACAGUUAUACACAGAUACAGACUACACACUACAGUUACAGAUACAUUUAUCAAAUCAAUCAAAUCAUUUAGAUAUUUUUAUUCAUUUGUUGUAUCUCAACUCUCUAUUACUGCCAACUUAAUUUAGGGAAUGUUGAAAACUAUUCCAGGUGUAUGUGUGUGUGUGAGUGCUUGUGUUUGUGUGUUCAUACAAAUGAACAAACUGACAAAUGAUUCAUUUUAAAGAAAGUAUGAACAAAGUUAAGAAAAAAGCCACUACUAUAAAACUCUUCUAAAGAUCUUUAAGUUGUUGUUUUUUUUUGUUAGUUGCUUUUCUACAUUUAAGUUUGUUUUUUUUUUGGAAACUUGUGGUUAAAUAAUAAUAAUUUCACUUAAUAAUAAAAACAAGAAAGUAAUCAAUUUUAAAUUUAAACCUCUUUUUUUAGAGGUGAGAAGAAAAAGGUGUCAUCAACUUGAAUUUGCAAUGUAAAAUUUAAAAAAAAAUAAAAAUACUGGUAUUUUACUCAAAACUUUCAAUUGCUUAGUAAAACUUCUAAAACAAAAUUUUUAGGUUAUUUAAAACAAAUUUUCUAAAAUUUU